UAUUCUACUCUUUGGAAUAAUUUACGUAUGCACCAGCUAGCUCUUUUCUUUAAAUCUGCACCCGAGAUUGCUUGUACGUACAUUUCGAGUAAUCAAACACGUAUGUCUUUAAAAGUUAUUAAAAAAUGUAAAAAGUGUUUAUUCACAUGUAGUUAUAAAAGAAAUAAGGAUAGUUAUCGAAAACUGUUUUGAUUUGUAUUCAAGAGAAAAUCACUUUUUUUUGCGUAAUAUUGGCGUGCGUGUCAAAUUUCGCCAACUAUUUCCGGAAUAGAAUUUAGCCGAAAGAUAAAAGGUGACGUUUACUAUAGGAACUAUUUUCGAGGCGUAUUGUAUGUGUUUUUCACCUCUAAAGAACGACCUGUAUUCAUAACCCACGUAAAGGAACAUAGUACACCUUGCAUUUUUUGUGGUUAUAUCAGUCUAUUACAUCGUAAUAGAUAUUAACAUCCAGACUAAAGAAUUGUCUUAGGAAAUCGAUUAAGGCAUUCUCCGCGGAGAAGAUGGGCCUGACAAUAAGCAGUUUACUUACCCGAUUAUUCGGUAAAAAACAAAUGAGAAUAUUAAUGGUAGGCUUGGAUGCAGCUGGCAAAACCACUAUUUUAUAUAAACUCAAACUUGGCGAAAUUGUAACAACUAUACCAACAAUUGGCUUUAAUGUCGAAACGGUAGAAUAUAGAAACAUCUGUUUUACGGUUUGGGAUGUUGGUGGACAAGACAAGAUUCGACCACUUUGGAGGCAUUAUUUCCAAAAUACGCAAGGUUUGAUCUACGUGGUGGAUAGCAAUGAUCGUGAACGUAUUGGAGAAGCUGAACGUGAAUUAGCAAACAUGUUGAAAGAAGAUGAACUCCGAGAUGCUGUACUUUUGGUCUUUGCGAAUAAACAAGAUUUACCAAAUGCUAUGUCUGCUGCUGAGCUUACAGAUAAACUGGGCCUUAAUUCACUUCGUGGACGACAUUGGUAUAUUCAAAGCACCUGUGCCACGCAAGGCCAUGGAUUAUAUGAAGGACUUGAUUGGCUAAGUAAUGAAUUGGCUAAAAAGUGAUAGCAUGUUGUAUGUUCAAUUGUGUCAUCACAGACAAUAUCCUCAUUCAACAUCAACGUAGAACACAAUUUAUGGUUUCUUAUGUCAUAAGGUUACAUUAAUGUAUAAUUAUGAAUCUAUUAAUACAGUACUAUGUACUUUUCAAAACCGUUGUGAAUGCAAUUGAACUAAAAGAAGGACAUUAUGAGACAAUUAUAAACUUACUGAAUCAUUUAAUAUCUUGCUCUCAAAAUGGAACUUAUCUUGCUGAUCAAUAUAAAGGUAAUAAAUUUGUUGAUAUACAAUA